AAAAAAAAAAAAAGAGAAUCUCUGAAAAGUCAGACACUUAUAGACAGAACAAGAAAACCCCAUAUCUCUGCUGAAUCCACAUAUCUCACUCACUCCCACUUCUUUCAUUCUAAAGUUUUCUUUUGCCAGAGGAUGAAUUUGAGGUUGCAGCUGCGACUUUAAGCAUAAAAUGGUGUGAAGUGAAGAUAUCGUCAGUACAGAUAAGCAUGGAGACUACUAUGUGGAUGUGGUGUAGAGAGAUGAGAAGUCUACUUAUAGUUCCACUGUUCAAGUGUUUGGUGGCUAUAUGUCUGGUCAUCUCACUCAUUGUUUUCGUUGAAAGCCUGUAUAUGAACAUUGUGGUCAUCUACAUCAAGCUUUUUAAACGCAAACCCGAGAACAUCUACAAAUGGGAGGCGAUGCAAGAGGACAUAGAGCUCGGCGAUCAAAACUAUCCCAUGGUUCUUGUCCAAAUCCCAAUGUACAACGAACGAGAGGUGUUUCAGUUAUCCAUUGGUGCUGCUUGCACACUCGUAUGGCCAUGGAAUCGACUCAUCAUUCAAGUUUUAGACGAUUCCACUGAUCCCACUAUCAUGGAAAUGGUGAACAUAGAGUGUGGGAAAUGGGCAAGCAAAGGCAUCAACAUAAAAUGUGAGAGGAGAGACAACAGAAAUGGGUAUAAAGCUGGAGCUCUCAAACAAGGCAUGAGGCAUAGCUACGUCAAACAAUGCACCUACAUUGCCAUCUUCGACGCCGAUUUCCAGCCAGAGCCCGAUUACCUCCAACGCACUGUCCCAUUUCUCAUCCACAAUCCCGAGCUUGCUCUCGUUCAAGCUCGAUGGAAAUUUGUGAACGCAAAGAAGUGCUUGAUGACUAGGAUGCAGGAGAUGUCCCUCAAUUACCAUUUCACGGCAGAGCAACAAUCAGGAUCCACUAGACAUGCCUUCUUUGGCUUCAAUGGGACUGCGGGUGUAUGGAGAAUGGCAGCAAUGGAAGAAGCCGGAGGUUGGAAAGACCGGACCACCGUAGAAGACAUGGACUUGGCCGUUCGUGUUGGUCUACACGGUUGGAAAUUUGUCUUCGUCAAUGACGUUGAGGUGAAAAGUGAGCUACCAAGUCAAUUUAAAGCGUUCAGAUUCCAGCAGCAUCGAUGGUCAUGCGGUCCAGCUAAUCUUUUCAGAAAGAUGACUCUGGAGAUUAUUAGCAACAAGAGAGUGACGAUUUGGAAGAAAAUGUAUGUGAUAUACAGCUUCUUUUUUGUAAGGAAGAUCAUAGUCCAUUUCUUCACUUUCUUCUUCUAUUGUGUCGUUCUUCCUACGAGCGUUUUCUUUUCCGAAGUCAACAUCCCCACUUGGUCAACUGUUUAUUUUCCUUUUAUGAUCACUCUCUUCAAUGCCAUUGCCACUCCAAGAUCAUUCUACCUAGUGAUAUUUUGGGUAUUGUUCGAGAAUGUAAUGGCUAUGCAUCGAACAAAAGGCACUUUCAUUGGUUUACUCGAAGGAGGGAGAGUGAACGAAUGGGUUGUUACUGAAAAAUUAGGAGAUGCUCUUGAGACCAAGUUACUUCCUCAAAUAAGAAAACCUUGCAAUGGAGUUCUCGAAAGGAUAAACUCAAAGGAGAUGAUGGUAGGGAUAUACAUUUUGUGUUGUGCCUCCUAUAACCUUGCCUUUGGGAAGACAUCGUUAUAUAUCUAUCUUUACAUGCAAGCUAUUGCAUUUAUUAUUUCUGGUUUUGGUUUUGUAGGAACUUAAUUGUCUUAGUUUUUUAGACAUUUGUAAUUAGUAUUAAAUUCUUCCAUAUUUAUUUUUUUUUUCUUUUCAAUUUCAA